CUCAAGAUAACUACGGAGAUUAGGAGAGUAUAUGGCAUCCCGCGAAUCUGAGCUUCGGCCUACUUGAUAACGAGCUGUAUAAAGUCUCGAAUCAGGCGCCAUUUUUAUCAGUUUGCCGCCUACUGCUCCAGUGACAGUUCGCUCCGCUGCGUUCAGAAUUUCUAAACUUCGUCUUCUAGCUCAUUUGCUUGAAUCUUUUUCUCUGUUUUGAGAAAACAUCUCUUGAUUAUAAUUUUUGGAUCGGCCUUUCACAGUGGCUAAGUUUCGUGUUCAGUUUAAGAGGAGAUCGUUUAGCAACAACCAAGAGGUUGUUGCUUAGGAGUGCCCAAAAGCUUUGAGAAUUCCGCUCUUAAAGGGUGCACCGGGUGAGUCCGGCGCGACAGGUCCCUGCGCCGGGCGACGCUCCCCUCGGCGCGCGCCCCCCGCGGCGCCCCGCCCCCGCGCCGCGCCCCGCUGCUGGCGGCGAGCGCUCAACGUCGACCCGCCCUGGGCUGGCCGCUGACAUCACACUACGCACACCUGACACCUGUGGACUAACGCGUGUGGCCCCCUAACACCGGGCACCUGACAGCAGCCGUCGGACGAGCGGGCCGCGCGCGCCGCCGCCGCCUAGCUCCCCAUUCCACCGCCGGGAACUGACUACACGGGCCACCGACGACCACGCUCCCUCACUGACCCGAAGAAGCCCGCUUCACGGAAAACUGAAUCGAUAACGAACCAAAUCGACAGAUUCACCAGGGAACUCAGUCGAUCGAUUGCAAAAUAAAUCGAAAGAUUGCAAGCUAAAUCGAGAGAUUGAAAACUGAAUCGAAAGAUUCAACACAGAGCAACUGUCAAAAGACUUUUCUCUGAACCUGCUAAGUAAACCAAAACCAAGCAGGAUGAAGGUAGUAGAGGAACAAGACCGAGUGCGAGUGAUGGAGGGGUCCUGGGACGUGUGGGGGGCGAUCCAGGAGAUCGUGGACACCGGCACUCAGGAGGACCCCUUCUAUGUGAUGGACCUGGGGGAGGUCAUCGCGAGGUACAACAAGUGGAAGGAGUUGCUGCCGCGAGUUGAGCCGUUUUAUGCGGUGAAGUGCAACGACGACAAGCUGCUUGUAACAGCUCUGGCGGCGCUGGGCGCGGGCUUCGACUGCGCAUCGAAGGCCGAGAUCGAGCUCGUGUCCAACAUUGGAGUGCGCCCCGAACGCAUAAUCUUCGCGAACCCGGCCAAGAUGGCGUCGCACAUCCGGCACGCGGCGGCGGCGGGCGUCACCACCAUGACCUUCGACUCCGAGACCGAGCUGCUCAAGAUCAAGCAGCUCAUGCCGAAUGCCAAACUGGUGAUCCGCAUCCGGUGCGACGCGGCGGAGGCGCAGUGCCCGCUCGGCAUCAAGUUCGGCUGCGACCCCGCCAGCGAGGCGCCGCGCCUGCUCAAGCUGGCCGCCGUGCUGCAGCUAGAUGUAGUAGGAGUAUCCUUCCACGUGGGCUCCGGAGCUCGAGACUUCGCCGUGUACGCGCAGGCGAUCCAGUUCGCGCGCGCGCUGUUCGACCUGGGCGGCUGCGUGGGGCAUAGAGGCAUGCGCCUGCUGGACAUAGGCGGCGGGUUCCCGGGACACUCUGGGUCCGAUCUUACUGAGGUGGCCGCAAUAAUCAACGCGGCUCUCCAGAAGCACUUCCCGGACCCGUCGGUGCAGGUGAUCGCGGAGCCGGGACGGUACUUCGCCGCCGCCGCCUACACGCUAGCCGUCAUGGUUCAUGCUAAGAGAGAGAUAAUCCCGAAGGAGUCGUCGGGCGAGUCGCACACGAUGUACUUCGUGAACGACGGCGUGUACGGCUCGUUCAACUGCGUGCUGUACGACCACCAGGUCGUGCACGCCGAGCCGCUCAAGACAUACCCGGGCUCCAAACCGCUCCCCUGCUCCAUCUGGGGCCCGUCGUGCGACGGGCUGGACCUGGUGUGCGGGGCGGCGCGCCUGCCGCCGCUGUGCGCCGGCGACUGGCUCGUGUUCCGCGACAUGGGCGCCUACACGCUGCCCGUGGCCAGCGCCUUCAACGGCUUCCCGCUGCCGAGGGUGCGCGCGCUCCUCGACCACAGACACGCCAAGCUGCUCAAAGACCUCUGGCCGCUAACCGAGGCUCACUUCAUGUACGGGGCGCCGCUGACCGGCCCGCAGCUCCCCGACGCCGCCACCCCGCCGCCGUCGCCGCCGCCGCCGACGCACCAAGACGUGUUCGUCGAGUGCGCGCUCAAGUGACCACUAGCCGUGUGUUAAGGGGGGAGACCAUAGGUAUAGGUUUGCACAGAUUACGCGAGUUGUUUUGAGGAGUGUAUGUUUAUGCUGCUACCUCACUUUAUUACGACCCAUCACGUCCAAUCUACGGGUCUCCGGACAUUGAAAGAAGGGUUUAGGCGUACACCAUGCUGGCCUAGUGUGGGUUGGUGGAUACCAAGUAUAGUUACUGACCACACAUGAAAGUUUAGGCAAAUACUAAUAGCCACGGGUAGCAGCAUUACGUUUACUGGCCUAACCAGAGUUGCGUCUAUCGACUUGUGGCAAUACACUUAUGUUUAGCCGCAAGUUGGGAGCACUUGUGGAAUCUGUGCUAUCUAUAUCUGUGACUGUGACCGAUUCUAAAGGCAAUAAUGUUGCCAAACGUACUGACCCAUAAAUUAAUAUCGUUAGUUAACUUGGAUGAUAUUGAAACCACUACGUAAAAAAUUGUCAAGCUAGAAGUGGAGCUUUUAGUAGUUAUGUAAAUUACUAACAAGUGACACUAUAGUGUGACUGUGGUGGAUUUAAAUUUCUACCUAUUACUAAUAUGAAGCUAUCAAAGCCAAGGUUUCUACGUAAGCUUUUGUCUUUGCCAGCUCUAUAUUUGUUAAAUGUGCCUUUAGAAUCGGGUUAAAUAUGUAGUUUUUCAUACAAAUUGUUUGCGGUGUCUGGUUUUCACGAACGAACGACGAAUGACGAGCAUACAUCAAUUGGAAAAUCUAGAAAAGAUAAAUUAAAUCCAGUACGAAUACCUUAUUUAUUAUAGCAAUUACAUAUCUGGCUGUGAAUUGUAUAAAUGUAACUCGAAUCCAAUUUAAUAUAAAGUAAAUGGCUAUAUCAUAUGGGUGCUGGAUUAUUUUAAAUGGCUGGAAUGUUUCUGGGUAUCAAAGAAACAUUAAUGCAUCUUAAACUAAUAU